AUCAUUUUUCAUUAUUAUUUAUUUUAUCAUGGACUGCGGUACCAAUUUUUUUUUUGUAGUCGAAUUGUAAUUUGUAACCAGAAAUCCGAUUUGUGCGUAAUUUUAUAAUUUAGAAAAUUAUUCUGAUCACCGUCGAGACCGGUUGAUCGCUUUUCCAAACGAAUUCAUAUCGAAUUCCGCCAGCGCUCAGCAAAACGAUGGGUAAACACAAGAAGGCCAUCAGUUCGGACGAGUCAUCCGAUUUCAGCGACGAUGAUAUGAGUAUGGCGAAGAAGAAGAAACGCUCCAAAACUUCGUCACCGCCUAGUCGCAGUUACUCAUCGAAGACCAAGAAGAAGUCCUCGAAAAAGCCUAUUUAUGAUUCUGAUUCAUCAUCUUUGUCCGAAGGGGAAAUAGCUUCGGAUGAGGAACCAAAGAGAAAACAGCAGAACCGGAAGCGACCUGGCAAAAAAUAUGACAUGUCCGAUGAUUCAACAGACAGUAGCGACGAGUCUGAUAUCCAAAGUCCAGUCCAAGAGAUUAGUCAGGUUAGUGAAUCUUCUGAAGAUUCUGAAGAAGAAUUUAAUGAUGGAUAUGAUGAAGAAUUGAUGGGAGAUGACGAAGACAGAGAACGUCUUGCACAAAUGACUGAAAAAGAACGAGAAACUGAAAUAUUUAAACGUAUUGAAGCUAGAGAAAUAAUGAAAACAAGAUUUGAGAUAGAGAAAAAGCUUAAACGUGCUAAAAAGAAAGAAAUGAAAGAACAAAAAUCAUUAGAAAGAAGUAUGUCGUCAACCAGAUCAGACUCACCAUAUUCAGGUUCCAUUCCUUUAGAUUUAAAAGAUCGUGUUAAGGAAAGAAAAAAAAAUGUUGAAGAAAAUAAAGGAAAAGGUGACAAGAAAGCUGCAAUGAGCUUGUUAAAAGCAAGAAGAGAAGAAAAACGAGAAAGAGAAGAAGAAAAAGAAAAACAACUUAAAAAAGACAUGGAAAAAAAAGGAGAUGAUGAAGAUGAAGAAACUAGUGAUAAACAAAGUGAUCAAAAUCAAUCCAAAUUAAAAGCUUCAGAUAUUUAUUCAGAUGAUAGUAAUUCUUCUAGUGACAGUGAUUCAAGUGAAUCAGUUAAAAAAUCAAGCCGCCACUUUUUUGAUUCUGACUCAGACACCAAUGAGAAAAAAGUACAUUAUAUUACCAAACGAGAUGAAUUGAAUAAAAUUAGAUUAUCAAGAUUUAAAAUGGAAAAAUUUGUACACUUGCCAACAUUUGAGAAAACUGUCAUAGGAUGUUUUGUUCGUAUUGGAAUUGGCAAUUAUAAUGGAAUUCCAGUUUAUCGAGUUGCUGAAAUUUGUAAUGUUUGUGAAACAGCUAAAGUUUAUCAGUUGGGAAGUACUCGUACUAACAAAGGAUUAAGACUUAAGCAUGGAACUAACGAAAAAGUUUUUCGUUUGGAAUUUAUAAGCAAUCAAGAGUUUACAGAAAGUGAGUUUCUUAAAUGGAAAGAACUCUGUCACAUGAAUCGAAUACCAUUACCUACUCUUGAUGAACUCGAAAUGAAAGUGAGAGAUGUUAAAGCUGCUUUGGCUUAUCAGUUUAAAGAAGAAGAUGUUGAACAGAUUGUUCGAGAGAAAGAGCGUUUCAAAACAAACCCCCAUAAUUAUGCGAUGAAAAAGACUUCAUUAAUGAAAGAAAGAGAUGAUGCACAGGCACUUGGCAAAGUAGAAGAAGUUUUGAGAAUUGAACAGCAACUAUCAGAUUUAGAAGAGCGAGCUAAUCAUUUAGACAAAAUGAGAACCAGCACAAUAUCUAGUAUAAGUUAUAUAAAUGAUAGAAACCGUAAGCGGAAUGUCGAAGAAGCUGAAAAGGCUAUUCUGGAGGAACUAAAGGCUAAUAAAGGGAAAAAAAUUGACGAUCCAUUCACUCGUAGAAGUACUAAACCAUGUAUGAAGUUUAGAGCAAAAACAAAUUCUGCUAUUGACAGUUCAAUAGCUACAGAAGUUGAAGAAUCCAAAACUGAUAUCGAAACUAACACUGACGUUAAGAAUGAUAGUAGUUCAUCAAAAACCAAUGUGAUGAAGGCUGAUGAUUUAUAUGCAGUACAUGAUUUUGAUAUUGACUUAAACAUACAAUUACCAAUUUAAAUAUAUAACAUUAAUUAUAUGUAAAAAAAGAAAAAGUUAUUGUGAGUUAUUGUAAAUAUAUUUAAGUAAAAUAACUAUUAUAAUUUAUAGAACUGUGACUUGAAAUUUUUUAUGUAUCCAUGAUUGUUUUUACUUAAAAAAUUAAAGUUAGGUUAGCAAGCAUUUACUUUGAUAUUUAUGUUACUCCUCAUAGAUUUCAUUCUUGUAGUAAAUGUACUUAAAUGUUAUGUUCUAUAUAUUUAUCUAAAUGAAUCAUUAGAUAUUAGUAAUUAGUUUAAGCCAAUUAAUAAAACCUGAUAUAAUGUAGAUCAUAUAUUUAUGUGAUGACAUUGCGAUACUGAAUAUUAAUUAGAUUUAGAUUUCUUUGACAGUAACAUUAAUAAUUAUAUAUAUAAAAAAAAAUAAGUAUUUAACGUAUUUAUUAAACUAAUUGUUUAUUAUUUUUAAAGGUUAUAAGUUAUAGUUUUAGUGUUAUAUAAUUAUAGUUAUUUUUAUUUUAAGGAAAUUAUGUUUAUUUUUAAUUUAAUAUGUAUGUAACAUAUAUUUCUAAUUCUUAUACCCUAUAUUAUGUUGGUGUCAUUACAAUUCAAUGAAAUAACAGUUGAAGUAUAAAAAUAGUAUAGUUAAAAAAAAUUUAUGUUUUCUGUAAUUAUCAUGUUAGCUUAUUCAAAAUAACAUUUGCCUCUUAUUGUAAUGCAUUUAUUUAACUUCAAUAAGUAAAAAAUAUGAAAUUGGUUUUAUUAAAAUUAAAAUAGUUUUUUUUUUAUAUUUUCAACUCCCAUAACACAUCGAGAUCUAUUACUUUCUUACAUUAUGUUGCUAUUAAUUUUGGUUUAAUUUCAUAUAUUUGAGACUAAGUCAAAUACAAUUGUUCAAGAAUUGUGUUUAUAAGACUAAUGGAAAUAUUUAUGUCUGGGUUUUCUUGCAGCAAGUUGAGGAGGGUAUUUUGAUGAUGAAUUUUUCCAUUCCUUUUUAAUGUUGAUUAAUUAGUUAAAAAAUAUAAGGCUUAUAAGUUUAUACCUUAAAAAAUAAUUAUUAAUAUUAAUUGAUUAGAAUAUUAAAGAUAUUAAAUCUGUUUUCACUAGUACUCACCAUAAAUAGUUCCUAAAAACGACAUUGAAGAUUAAAAGAUUCUAUUGCUCGUAUAAACUAUAUAGGUAUGUCUAAUGAUUUUAGAUUGUAUUUUGAAGAUUAAUGAAGUUAAGAUUAUAAUUAAAAUACAAAAUUAGAAAUAUUUUAUAUUGUUCUAAGAAUGAUACAAUAAAAUAUUGCUUUAGUAUAAUUAUAACAAUUAAAUUUAGUUUCCCUAUUUUUUUUAAUCCAUGCCAAGAUUGUAUUUUUUUCUUGUUUAAACUUUUCUUAUGUUAUUAGUAACUUUGUACCAACAAAUAUAUUUAUAUUUUUUUUUUUUUUUUUUAUCUUUUUAUAUUAAUCAUUUUUUUUUUCUCAUAAAGGAAUUUGAGUGUUAUUAUGUUAAUUUCUUUUAUUGUGUAUAAAUGUAUAUUUUUUUUUUUUUGAUCUACUGUUGAGGUUACUUUCCAUAAUAAUUAAAACAUAAAAUACAUUACAUUGUACUGUUUAAUAGUA